CUUAUGCAACAAUUGCGCGGUCUCAUUUCAUUGUUGAACUGAAAGUAGAAGCCUGCACUGUAUAACCAUUAUGUCCGGUGACGGUAGCUGGAAUCUUCAGGAUGACAUAAGCGUGGACGACCCAGAGAUGCAGGGCCUCAUCCAGGCUGAGAAGGACCGGCAGAAAAAGGGCCUUGAGCUAAUUGCCUCAGAGAACUUUGCCAGCAAGGCUGUGCUACAAGCACUGGGCUCGUGCUUAAACAACAAAUAUUCUGAGGGUCAACCAGGCCAGAGGUACUAUGGAGGAAAUGAGGUGAUAGAUAAGAUUGAGCUGCUGUGCAAGAAGCGAGCCCUGGAGGCCUUCAAUCUGAAUGAGGAUGAGUGGGGAGUGAAUGUUCAGCCCCACUCUGGCUCACCUGCAAACUUCGCCGUCUACACAGCCCUGGUUGGGCCACAUGGCCGCAUAAUGGGCCUCCAUCUUCCCGAGGGAGGUCACCUCAGUCACGGUUUCAUGACCCCAACCAAGAAGAUCUCAGCUACCUCGCUAUUCUUUGAAUCUUUUCCGUACAAGUUGGACCCUGUCACUGGCACUAUUGACUAUGACAAGCUUGCAGAGAAUGCCAAACUGUUCUUGCCAAAGAUGAUAGUUGCAGGAAUCAGUUGCUACUCGCGUCACCUGGAUUACAAACGUUUCCGGGAGAUUGCCAACGAGAAUGGAGCUUACCUGUUAGCUGACAUGGCCCAUGUGAGCGGCCUUGUAUCUGCAGGUGCUGCCCCGAGCCCGUUUGAGUAUUGUGACAUUGUUACCACCACAACACACAAAACAUUGAGAGGACCACGCUCUGGCAUGAUUUUCUUCAGAAAAGGUGUAAAGAAAGUGAAGCCUGACGGGACGAAGGAGAUGUACAACCUGGAGCGGCCGAUCAAUGAGGCUGUGUUUCCCGGCCUUCAGGGCGGUCCACACAACCACCAGAUAGCAGCUGUUGCUGUUGCUCUCAAGCAGGCCACCACCCCUGCAUUUAAGACCUACCAGAGACAAGUUGUCGCCAACUCGCAAUUGAUGGCUAAGGAAUUCCUUUCAAGGAAUUACACGCUGGUCUCAGGUGGCACUGACAACCACCUGAUCUGGGUGGACCUGCGACCAAAUAAGGUUGAUGCCUCCCGUGCGGAAACUGUGCUGGAGAACAUAAACAUCGCAGUGAAUAAGAACACCGUUCCUGGGGACAAGAGUGCCCUGCGACCCAGCGGAUUGCGGAUUGGUGCUCCUGCACUCACCUCGCGCAACAUGAAGGAAGAUGACUUUAAAGUUGUUGUGGACUUCCUUGACAGAGGUAUCCAGCUGGCGAAGGAGAUCCAGGACAGCUGUGGGCCGACAUUGAAGGAGUUCAAGGCCAAACUUGCCGAGGAUGAGGCUGUUAAAGGGAAAAUUGCUGCACUCAGGUCCGAGGUGGAACAGUUCGCUGUGGCCUUCCCAUUACCAGGGUUUGAUAACUGGUGAACAGGACGGUGACAUGUUACACUUCUGUGUUUCAAGUGAAAUAAGAAAAUCAUGUAAUAUGAUAGUGGGGUUUUGAAGUAGAUUUCAUGGGUUUUAUAAGGUGUUAAAUCAUGUAUUUCAUGUCUUGAUUUGUUCAAAGGGGUCUCAUAAAAAUGGUUUACUUUUAUUUGAAAUUCAUAUACAUCCUGCUUUUAUGUUUACAUUCGGUGCCAUUCUUCCAUAAACAUUAUUUAUUUUGAUUAUUUCUUAUAUUUUUCAAAUAUUGCCUAUGUUAUCCAAAGAAAGUGUGUUUGAAUUAAUUAUUAUAAUUUUCUUGUAUCAAUAACAGAAUGAUGCUUUUUUCAUAUACAACAAUGAUAUAGUUGUUGGUAUUUUUCAUAUCUUCUGUUUAGUUUUCUUGAUAUGAAGCUCUAUGAAAUCCAUGUGUACUGAUUCAAACUCAUAUACCCUUGUAUUGCAUAAAACUUUAUUAAAUUGAAAUGAAUGAUUUAAGCUGUUCCUGCCUUGUUUGCAAGACUGCAGAUAAAUGCUUGUAACAAAUACUUGCGUGCAAUGAGGGUCAAUUAUAAGUGCAAGAUAAAUAGUGUGAAUUUUUAAAGAUAAUCAACUGAAUCAGCGGCAGAAAGAUCUAGGGUCGGAUGGAUGAUCACAAACAAUUUUUUUAAGGCCUUAUUAUUAAAAAGAUACUCAAAUGACGAGAGUUUAUGAGAACAGAAAAAUGCAACAAGACAAAUGUCAUUUCAGUACUUAACAGUAUUGAUAAUACUAACAGCAUUGUUAUUACAUCAGUCAUCGAAAUUAGACUUUUGGAUCAACAAGCCCAAAUUGUUAUACUAUUGCUUGGCAUCAAAUUUUUUAACAAGCCCUGCUAUAUAAAAUUCAGAAUUUGAGCAAGCCCGAAAGACAUUUAACCAGUGCAGGGCUUGCGGGCUUGUGCUAAUUUCGACCACUGGUGUAUCAUUUUUACUUUUCUACUUUGUACGCAACUUGCCUGUUCUUUUUUUUAAAUGAUGUUAUAAUGUUAUCUUCCUCAUGCAUGUUCAUUUUUAAUGAGUUCUCCUUGCAACCUUACAUGUCAAGAAUUGAACCACAAGAUAUAAUAACCGUUUAAUGUUUGUGCAUUUUAGCGAACAAGGAUAAACAAGAAAUCAUGUUAACUGUUUAUGAUUCCAUCAUAAGUAAAUGUUAAAUUAAAAUCAUUUAUGUUAAAUGAUUAUGAUUCUGUCAUUGGUAAAUUAUGUUAAGUUGAAUGAAAUUAUGUUAAAUGUUUAUGAUUGUGUCAUUAGUAAAGAUUAAAAUCCAA